AUGGCCAAAGCCCUCGGCGGCCCCGGCGAUGCCGGAAAGACCAACCCAGAAGAACUGUUCGCAGCCGGCUACGGCGCAUGCUUCCAAUCCGCCAUGAACGCCGUCGCCCCCUCCCUCGGCGUCAAAAUGCCCUCCACCCCCGAAGACUCGAUCGUCGAAUCCACCGUCGAACUCGUCGGAAGCAUGAAAGACCUAGACAUGGGACUGCGCGUCCAGCUGCUCGUCAAGGUACGUGGGCUGGCGAAGGAGGAUCUGGAGAAGGUUGUGUACAAGGCGAGGCAGGUGUGCCCGUAUAGUCGGGCGACGAAGGAUAAUGUUUAUACGACUGUUAGGUGUGAGACUAUGUGA